AUGGUUAUAUUAAAUUUAACAAGUUGUAAAGAAACUGUACUAUUUUCACUUAUACACUGUUAAUCAAAAGUAUGCAGCAAUUUGAUGAUAGCUACCGUCUUCAGAAUCUUGGCAUGUAAAUGCUUUCAAUAGGUGAAGCUGCAUAAGGGGCUUCCAAGGGAAAUCCCAGCUGUUAUUACUUGCAAGUGCUACAUUAAAGAAAAUCUCAGCAACAGGAGGCGGAGAAAUUGAGAUGGCAGAUCAGAGCAUCAGCUAUACUCCAGAAGAUGCAAUUUCUGGGAUGGGAUUCGGGAAAUUCCAAGGGCUCCUACUAGUUUAUGCUGGACUUGGUUGGAUUUCUGAGGCAAUGGAAAUGAUGAUUCUGUCUUUUGUUGGAGUAGCUGUUCAAUCUGAGUGGGGACUCUCUCCUGCUGAAGAAAGCUUGAUAACAUCUGUGGUCUUUGCUGGCAUGCUAGCUGGAUGUUACUUUUGGGGCAUCAUAUCCGAUGCAUAUGGAAGAAGGAAAGGCUUUAUUGGUACAACAACAGUGGUGACUGUAGCUGGAAUUUGUAGCUCUUUGGCUCCAAGUUAUAUUUUAUUUUUGGCAUCGCGUUGUUUGCUUGGAUUUGGUGUAGGAGGUGGCCUAGUGUUUGCAGCAUGGUUUCUGGAGUUCAUUCCUAUAGCUAAUAGAGGUGCUUGGAUAUUCGCCCUUACAGCUUUCUGGUCAUCUGGAUCUGUGGUCGAGGCUUUACUUGCAUGGAUUAUCAUGCCAAGAUUUGGUUGGAGAUGGCUACUAGCUUUAUCUUGUUUACCAUCAUUGUUUGUACUUCUCCUUUCUGGCUUUACACCCGAGUCACCAAGGUAUCUAUGUGUGAAAGGAAAAAUGGAGGAAUCUCAGAAGAUAUUGGAAAAAGUAGCAACCAUGAACAAGACAAAACUUCCCCCCGGAGUCCUUGUCUUAGAUCGAACAAGAAACAUGGACGAAGAACACUGUCCAUUAUUAGAUACUUCUCUUCUCCCCUCAGCAAGAGAAAAGAAGCGUAGCUCAGGAAUUUGCCUGUCAUCAUUCUUCAUGAUAUUCUCAUCAAAACUAUGGAAAACAACUCUUCUCCUAUGGAUUCUAUACUUUGCGAGUACUUUUUCAUACUAUGGUAUCGUAUUAUUGAUCUCUGAGCUAAGUAGUAAACAUAGUAAUUGUGGUUCGACCAAAAACUUUUUGAAGAGUACCGAGGAUUCUGGCCUCUAUAGAGAUGUAUUUAUCACAUCUUUUGCAGAUUUAGCUGGGCUAGCAGUGUCUGCAGUUGUUGUUGACAGAUUAGGCCGAAAGCUCACCGUGAAGAUUUUCUUGGCACUGGGUUUUAUUUUGCUUCUACCACUGGUUGUGCAUCACAAUGAGAUUGUGACCACAGCUCUAUUGUUUGGCUCACGCAUGUCUGUUAUGUCAGCAUACAGUGUCAUUGUUGUCUACUCAAGGGAGAUAUAUCCAACUUCAGUGAGGGCAACUGGUGUUGGAAGUGCAACAGCUAUUGGACGAAUUGGUGGAAUAAUAUGCCCUCUUGUAGCAGUUGGUUUAGUCAGGGAUUGCCAUCAAACAGCAGCAAUACUUCUGUUUGAGGCUGUGAUAGUUCUCACGGGAUUCUGUACUCUUUUCUUUCCUUCAGAGACCAGUGGACAAGGCUUGACUGACGUUACAAGCCUGUCCAAUGAGGAGUAGAUUACACCUGAUUAGGGCAUGUAUGGUUCCCUUUAAGUGCAAUUAGGUACUGUUGUUGUUGUUUCUCUUUCAAGCUACGAUAUACACUUAGAAGCAUAAUUAUAUCAAUAUAUUAUUAAAUUGGUGUAAAUUAAUAAGAUUCUCUUGGUCAAUUAUUUUAGCUAAUUAUAAAUCCUGA